CGCGCUCCCGCUCACGCUCUUUGGCAGUGUCGCGCGGGCUGUCGGGAUCAUGUCCGCCAUGUUUUCACACCAGCCGAGAAAAAAAAGCCCGUGAAAAAACACCAUAACUCGCUCAGAGAUGCCUUUAACCGCCGGAUUUCGAUCGGAGGGACGUCAGUGAGCGCGGCCGCGGAGAGAACCGUUGGCUCGUGUGUGUAUUUGUACCGAAUGAUCCGUGUUUAGUGUGUUUGUGAUCGCUGAAAACAAUGAGUAAACUCUCGUUCCGCGCGCGAGCGCUAGACGCCGCCAAACCGCUGCCGAUCUACCGUAAUAAAGACCUCCCGGACCUCACCGACUGCGUCUCCAUCAACCGAGCGGUUCCGCAAAUGCCAACUGGGAUGGAAAAGGAAGAGGAGUCGGAGCACCAUCUCCAGAGGGCCAUCUCUGCCCAGCAGGUGUUCAGGGAGAAGAAGGAGAGUAUGGUCAUCCCUGUGCCAGAGGCAGAGAGUAACAUCACGUAUUACGACCGCCUUUACAAAGGAGAGUUCCGCAUCCCCAAACAGCUCAUCCACAUCCAGCCUCUGGGUCUGGAUAACGAGCUGCCUGACUAUGAUAUGGACUCAGAGGACGAGACUUUACUGAACAGACUCAAUCGCAAAAUGGAGCUCAAACCUGUGCAGUUCGAGACCAUGAUGGAUCGGUUAGAGAAAGCCAGCACCAACCAGUUGGUCACUCUACAGGAGGCCAAGCUGCUGCUAAAUGAAGAUGACUACCUGUUGAAGUCAGUGUAUGACUACUGGGUGAGGAAGAGGAAGAACUGCCGGGGCCCAUCGCUCAUCCCUCAGAUUAGGCAGGAGAAGAGGGAUGGCUCCACCAACAACGAUGCUUACGUCGCCUUUAGGCGUCGCACAGAGAAGAUGCAGACUAGGAAGAAUCGCAAGAAUGACGAGGUGUCUUAUGAGAAGAUGCUGAAGCUGAGGAGAGAAUUCAGCCGAACCAUGAGCAUCCUGGAGAUGAUCAAGAAGAGAGAAAAGAGUAAACGAGAGCUUCUGCAUCUGACGCUGGAAGUGUUUGAGAAAAGAUAUCAAAUUGGAGACUUCUCAGGAGAGAUUCUGAAUGAAGUCACUGUACCUCUGGCAGAGAAAACCAUUUACCCUGCGCCCAUAUCCUUACCCACGAGCAAUCGACACAAGGCAGAGAGCAAAAUUAAGUCACACAAAUCUGGGCCCAAACACCUCCAUCCCUUCACAGUCAAGCCUGAACCUUACUUUGACUUUGUGUGUUCCCAUAAAAAGUACAACAAGAGGCCCAAACUUGAUACAUUUCACCAGCCUGGUCGGCCAGAGCGACAGCAAACCAUCAACAAGGCAGACAUUAAACAAUAUGACUUCCACAGUUCUGGAGAGGAGGAUUACCCGCUGUCUCCAGCUUCAGAGCCAGAUGAGGAGAAUGAUCCUGAUGGAAUCUUUGCCUUCAGACGGAAAGAUGGCUGCAGUUACCACGCACCACUGGUGGAUCAGAGCUGCUCUCCUCACUGGCAGCAGAAGGGUCAGGACCGACUAUGGCAGCGCAACUGUCUCACUGCCCUGUCCGUGCCCAGACGCUGUAUUGCAGUGGCACGCGGGAGGGUGGGCAGAGGUGGCAGGGUUGUUUUGGAUCGCACCUCGUCAGAUCUGGACCGUGCCCUCAGGCAUCUGGACCCUGACAUGUUUUAUCCAUCUGCUGACUCUGUUGUGCCUGACCUCCCCGUCCACGCAAAUACAAACUCUCACAACUCCAAAUUAAGCCCUCAGCGCUCGCUGACUCAACUCCUGAGUGACAUCCAGGCCUGCAGGUGGAAGUUUUUCCACCUUCGGCCGCUACAGGAUAACUCAAGGUGUGAAGACAAGAAAGGGACUCCGCAGGUGGAAAAAGGUGGAGCGACGCCUCUCUCUAACAGUGUGUCAGGUGGAUUCACAGAAGAGCAGUUUCACUCCCAUCAGCAGCAGCUGGUUCAGAUGCACAAACAGUUACAGCAGCAAGAACUCCAGCAGAACUCGACAGCACCAGAACUGCACACACACCUCCCUAACACAGUCUCAUCUGACUGCACGUCUAAGACUCUGGACUCAGCUAGUGCACACUUUGCUGCCUCUGCUGUGGUCAACACUCCUAACAAUGAAAACAGGCCACAGAUUGCUAGUGUCAAUGGUGUUCUUCCCAAUUCAGGAAACUUUAGGCAAGCAAAAAUGAACCGUUCUGCACAGAGUGGAGGUGGUGGUGAGUCAGGCUCUUUACUACGUAUGACGAAUGCAUCUAGCACACAGCUGCCCGUCCCUCAGUCUCUGCCUCACGGCCAUGGGCACCUGAGUACCGUGAGCGCUGUAUCUCCUGCCCACACGCACCACAGUGCACGCCUGUGCGCCCCUUCACCCUCAGCCUUAAAGCUGGCCAGUGUUGCUAGCAGUCUGGACCGGGUACCCAAAGUCACCCCCACUAGUGCCAUCGACAUUGCCAGGGAGAAUCACGAACCAGAGAGACUGACUCUCAACGGAUUAUCAGAGACCACAGUCGCCAUGGAGGUCACAUAGCCCAUCCACAAACACAAAGACUUCAGUGCUAAGAGCUGUGCACUUCCACACAGACUUAUACCCAAUAACAGCAUAUCAAAAUAUUAAGAGAAAUUUGUCAAUAUUAUAAAUGUACAUUUUGUAAAAUUGGGAAUUAUCACUACCUUGUAAAAUAGUAUAUUUGUAUCAUUAGUCUGUCAUUUCUGUUACUUGAAUCCUAGAUUAUUUUUUUUUUACUUUUAUUUUUUUUUGGUCAUCAUGCUUUUGCACUUGAAAAUGCAAGCAAGACAAGUGCAUCAGUUCAUGUCGGGAUCAUGAGCAUGAAUAUUGGUCCUGCGUCACUUGUUUUAACUAUUUAUUUUGCAAUGUUUACAUUUUUGUAUCUCGUACAAAUAAAUCCAAUUUUGUGACCACAAAAUGCAGACACAGCUAGUAUGCCAUGCUUUGUGAUUUUUUUCUUUUUAGGAAGAAGAAAACUGAAUUUGGUUUCACAGAUGUGUACUUUCAGAAGCGGUGAUCUUCCCUUGAAAUGUGGACCAUUUUGAAAUGGUUUAUUUCCUUGACUUCCUCUCUUUGUCUUACCAAUGUUAAUUCUGAAGACCAAUGGCCUCCAUCAGAAUGUGCUUAUGUGAAGCGCCUUAGGAAUUCAAGCAGAAGACCUUGAAUUAGGCAUUUACUUUCUGCUCUUCUGAUGGAGUCAGCAGAACCCUCGUUUGUAUUUCGCCAUUGCUGGUUAACCAGUGUGAAAGGAGCUGUUCAGGGCUCUGACUGGUGUUGUAUUGAAAGUAAACUACAGGUCACAAAUACUGUCAGCCAUCUUGUUUAUGAAUGCUAAAAUUUAUACAUCCUCAGUCCAGUGUCUUCAAAUAAAUUUCCCCUUUUUAAAUGGCCUUUUUAAUGAAAUGAGUGAAUAUACCACCACAGCUGGCAGUCAUUUGCAUUUAGUUAACUGUAAAUAAGUACAAUAGUUUUAAGUUAUGAUACUUAGGACAUGCAUGUUUUAUUCUUACUAUGUUUAGAGAAAAGUAUAUAAGGUCUUCUUCAUGAGCAUAGUGUGGACAUGACAGAUCUUUAAAAGUCAUUUGAACAAUUCAGGGUGCAUUACUGUGGUCAGCUGAUGAGUGAGUGGUGUUUAGUAUGAUUAGUUCCUGGUGUUUUUGUCUUUUAUUUUUUGGUUAAUUUGAAGUUAACAAUGCAAGAAUGGGCUUUAAACACCAGAGGGGGCAAGUGAGCUCUUCGGGCCAUUGUGCCAGGAGGAAGGUGCUAGUUUGGCUGGCAGGUUCCUCAGAAGUAUGUGACCUGCUUCCUGCCAUCUUUACUCAUGGAGGUCUUUGAGUCGUACCUGCUGAAAAUCUGGAAUUGCCUGAAAAUGCUAUUCUCUGGCAAUGCUGAUAUUCUUACAAGGCCAUACAGUCAGGAAUAAACCUACUAAUUGCUUGCUUAUAAUUGUUUCUGCAUAUUAAGCUAGGAUAAGAUUAAAUAUUUUAACAUCACCUUCAACUAAUGACCAUACACAAAGCAUAUUAACUGAAUAAACAAUGAUCGUCUGAGCAACCAGGAACAGAAUUUGAAGGAUAUAUGAUGACCCACCCCAAAGACCUAUUAACCUUAUCACUCCGUUAUGACAUUUACUCUUUUCCGAACUCCGCUUGCUUUACAUUUGACUUACACUACCAUUCAAAAGUUUGGGGUCAGUCAAAUUUUUAAAAAGACUUUUAGGCUUUUAUUUUGCAUUUAUUUGAUCAAAAUUACAAAAAAAAAAAAAAAAAAAAAAAUUGAAUAGUAGUGUAUAAUGACAAACCUAACAAAAUAUCACAUAAGCAUGGCAAAAACAUUUGGUAUGGUUUUUCUGUUUAUUUUUUGUUUCUUAUAUGGAGUUUAAAAGCUUGUGUUUAAAGAGAGGAGUAAAAAGUUUAGGAUCUUAUUUUAUCAUAUAUACAAAUUAGCAAAUAACAAAAAGUCAUUUCAGAUUGGAAUAUUUGUAGUCAUUUUACAGAAAGAGUUCUGUUUGUAUGGUUAUCCAUCUCAUUUAAGACAAAAUAUAUGCAAAUUCAAGAAUACCUUUUAUAUAGUAUCAAAAUUAAGUACAGUAGAUGAUGCAAAUGUUAAGGAUACAGAAAAAUAUACAUUUUUCAGCAAGCUCAUGGGAAUAAAUGAUUAAUGCUUAAAUUACUUUCUGUCUUAAACUCUGAUUGGACUUCUAUAUAGGCUAAAAUCACCAUAGUUAAUCACUUUUUGCUCUUGUGUGCAAUAUGUUCCUUUAUUAAGUCUAAUAUUCUUAAAAAAGCAUAAGACACAUAUUACAUGUAUACUCAAACAUAAUACACCUCUUUGUGCAGAAAAGGCAAUUUCACAUUUUAGAU